UCCAAAGCACGGUGGUGAGGAGCCUCUGAAGCCCCGUAAGGGGCCAGGGGCUCCUCCCUGCAGAGUGUCUGAGGACCUGAGGCCUCACGCCGGCAGCUGCUGCUUGCUGUCCUGCAGGAUGGGGCUGCUUAACAGCAAGAAGCACGUCGCUGAGAAGGGCAAGGCCUGGAGCCCCACGAAGCCUGGGUCCCGGAGUCAGGCGCCCCCACCGCUGCCGCCCCUGGUCGUCUUUAACCACCUCACCCCUCCACCUCCUGACGAACACCCAGACCAAGAGGAGCAUUAUGUGGUGGCCCUGUAUGACUACGCUGCCAUGAACGACCGGGACCUGCAGAUGCGGCAGGGGGAGAAGCUGCAGGUCUUGAAGGGAACUGGGGACUGGUGGCUGGCCAAGUCGCUUAUCACCGGGAGAGAGGGCUACGUGCCCAGCAACUUCGUGGCCCCAGUGGAGACCCUGGAAGUGGAAAAGUGGUUCUUCAGGUCCAUCAGCCGGAAGGAGGCUGAACGGCAGCUACUGGCCCCCAUGAACAAGGCCGGCUCCUUCCUCAUCAGGGAGAGCGAGACCAGCAAAGGGUCCUUUUCCCUAUCUGUGAAGGAUGUCACUGCUCAGGGGGACAUAGUCAAGCACUAUAAGAUCCGCUCCCUGGAUGAAGGGGGCUACUACAUCUCUCCGAGGACAACCUUCCCCUCCCUCCAGGCCCUCGUGGAGCACUAUACUAAGAAAGGGGACGGCUUGUGCCAAAGGCUGACGCUGCCCUGUGCGACGCUGGCUCCACAGAAUCCCUGGGCACAGGAUGAGUGGGAAAUCCCCCGGCAGUCUCUCAAGCUGGUGCGGAAGCUCGGGUCCGGGCAGUUCGGCGAGGUCUGGAUGGGUUAUUACAAAAAUAACGUAAAGGUGGCCAUCAAGACCUUGAAGGAGGGAACCAUGUCCCCCGAAGCCUUCCUGGGCGAGGCCAACCUGAUGAAGACCCUGCAGCAUGAGCGGCUGGUCCGUCUCUAUGCCGUCGUCACCAAGGAGCCCAUCUACAUUGUCACCGAGUACAUGGCCCGAGGGUGCCUGCUGGAUUUCCUGAAGACAGAUGAAGGCAGCAGACUGUCCCUCCCAAGGCUGAUAGACAUGUCAGCCCAGGUCGCUGAAGGGAUGGCAUACAUUGAGCGCAUGAAUUCUAUUCACCGAGACCUGCGGGCGGCCAACAUCCUGGUUUCUGAGGCCUUGUGCUGCAAGAUCGCAGACUUCGGCCUGGCCCGCAUCGUAGACAGCGAAUACACGGGCAUGAGCAACCCUGAAGUCAUCCGCAACCUGGAGCGCGGCUACCGAAUGCCACGCCCCGACACGUGCCCGCCGGCCCUGUACCGCGAGGUGAUCUCCGAGUGCUGGCGUGGGCGCCCCGAGGAGCGGCCCACCUUCGAGUUCCUGCAGUCGGUGCUGGAAGACUUCUACACGGCCACGGAGGCCCAGUAUGAGUUGCAGCCCUAGUGAGGCCAGCGCCUCAGUGGGACACGGUGAGGACCGUGGGGCAGAGGCAGCUGCAGGGCGCCGCUGUGUCCAGACAGGCGCCUGUGCAUCCGGCUGGCGGAUCCCG